CACUUGCGCAACAAGGCCGCUGAGUGCGCAUCGCUGCAAGCGCACAUCUAAAACAUGCAUUAUUGCUGCAAUUAAGCCAGCGCAAGCAAAAGAAAGCGCGUAGCGGCACCCUGGCCACAAAAAAAAUGCCGCCACCAGCUUUGCGCACAACAAUCGCCAUAGCCCUCGCCCUGGUGACCAUCAUCCAGCUCUGGCAGCAGCACGCCCACGUGGAGCAGCGCCACCGGCACCAGUUCUCGCGCGACCGGCCCAGGACGCAACCAAAGCCGGCGGCACAGGACGCGGCGCCGGCGGCGACGUUGGAGCUCGUGUGCGCCGGGUCCGGCGACCGCGGCCGGUCGCUCUACUGCCAGGCGGGCGGCGAGGCGCGCUGUGGUGCCGACGCGACGGUACCCCUUCAUUUGCGGGCCUGGGAGCGCGACGACGGCCGCCUGACGAUCGACGGUGGUGAUGGCGAGCGCAAGCGCCUCGCGGUCCGAGACGACGGCCGCGUGGUUUGCGUUGAUGUCAACGGUGGUGAAGACCGGUGGAAGUUCUUGCGACGUGGUGGUCAUAGGGCGGGCCUCGUGCACGAGACGCAGGGCCGCGUCCGAGUUUUUGACGAUUUGGACUUCGAGGGCCAGCAAGGUGUAUUAAUAGCGAGGAAGCGCCACAAGCCGCGCGCGCCGUUCCAACCCAAAAGGCUUGAUGCGGCGCACGUCGCGCGGAGUCGAGCCGAGGCGUCGGUCGCGGCGGCGGAGGAGGCGAGGCAAGAUAAUGAGCAGCGGCUCGAGCUGAAGCGCCGAUUCGCUCCGACGAAGGAACGCCGCGUCAUCGCCAUGGCGCUGUACGGAGAUGAUCCGAAGUACGUCGAGGGCUGCAUCGAGAACGCUAAAUUGGUCGAGGCCUACUUCCCGACGUGGCGGUUGAGGGUGUAUGCCGAUUCUUCAAGUGUCCCUUCAGAAAAGUUAAGGGAGCUCGAGGCGCUCAAGGCGGAAAUCCACUUAGACGACUGGAGCGCGGAAGGUGCAAGCCACGGCAUGUUCCGGCGCUUCUUCGUGGCCGACGACGUGACUGUGGAUCGAUUUAUCAUUAGAGAUUCGGACUCGCGAUUGAACGCGCGGGACGCCUUCGCGGUCGCGGACUGGGUCGAGUCUGCGUAUGAGGUGCACACGGUCCGGGACCACCCGAACCACCAGCGCCUCCUGAACGGCGGCAUGUGGGGCGCGACGCGACGUUCUCAGAUCCAUGGAAAGGUGGAGAUGCUGGCGCGCCAGUACUUCGACCAUGACGCCUACGGCGCGGACCUGGACUUUCUUGCUGCUGAUAUUGCGCCGCUCGUCGAGCAGGAGGUCCUGGCGCACGACAGCUACUCGUGCGAGCUCUUCGCGGGGUCGCGGCCCUUCCCGACGCGGCGGCCCGCAGACUUCCAGCACGUCGGCCAGGUCUUCGACGCGGCCGGGCGGACGCGGGGCGACGAUAUCGACUCGUUCACGCGCGGCGUCGCCGUGCCGCCGGCGUGUCGCGCGAAUCCGGACUGGACGUAUGGGUGAG